AUGCACCGCCGCCUUGCUACCGCGCCCGCGCUCCGGCGGUUCUCGCACCACAGCGCACCUCCCCGGCCUGACCCAAGGCUCGCCUUCCUCCGCUCCGAGGUCGACGACCUCGACCUCUCCCCCUCUCAUAAACCAUCGCCACGGCCUCCCCAAAGAGAUCAAUGCCAGGUGUUAGAAGAGCUAAGAAGCGGUCUUGCUCUUGCUGGAAACGCUCCGGCAUCUGUGGAUAUAGCGCAUCCGUGGCCGGAGUGGGUUGCUCUGAUGGAGCACCUCCUCCGUCGGGGCCACGUUGACCCCUCGACCUUCGCCGCCGCCUCGCUGUCUUCUAAGGACGCCAACGCUGUCCGCACCGCCUGCCUCCAAUUCGGGCGCCAGCGGCCGGAGCUCAUCAGGCAUAUACCAAGAUGGCAUAUUCAGGUUGCCAUGCGAUGUGGUUGUCCCAGCAUUGACAGGAAGGUUGUAAACUCUGGGAAGCGACUGCGGGCUUAUGUAGGCCUUGAUGAAGGAGAGGUUUGCAGCCAAUGCAAUUUGAGAGGAAGUUGUGAUAGGGCAUACGUAAAGGCUCGGAAAGAGGAAGUUGGAAGAACUGUGGAUGUUAUGCGCAUCCUUUUGACUUAUGGUCUUGAUGUUAUUACCGGCAAUGUAGAGAAUAGAGCACGCCUGAACAAAACUGUCAAGGAAUCAAUAAAGAUCCUACUAAACGAGGUUGUCGAGGUCGAUUCUAGGGGACCUGGUUCCAGCACUGUGAAAGCUGCACAGCGCAAAGGUCAAUCUGCUGUACCCAUGAAGCAGGGUGAUUGGAAUUGUCCCAAGUGUAACUAUGUGAACUUCAAGAGGAAUGGAUUCUGCUUGAAAUGUGGUUGGAAAAGACCAAAGUCUCUAAACAAUCAAGAUAAUGGCGUCCAGCUGAAGAGGUGGCAAAGUCCGCAAAAGAAUACUUCACCAUCUGACGAAGAUUCAGAUUUCUGGAGCGCAGAUGACGAAGAGGGUGAUAGCAGGGAUAAUGAUACACUCCUGCAACAGAAGGACUACAGAUUCCUUGAGAGUUUUCCCAUUGUCGGGGGCAGGACUGCUAAUUCCCAAGAUCGUCUUGCAAGGGAGAAGUGGAAGGACGAAAUGUCCAGGAGAAACAAAGGUUUUCAAAUCAAGGAACCACAAGAAAGCAAUCGGCCUUCUAGCCCCGGUCCUCUUCCAAGAAGCAUGGAGCAAUCGGCCUUCUAG